CGCCUCAGAAAAAGGGAAAACUCCCAGAAGACCAAAACCCUAGCGACCACAAGCCCGUCUUCCUAGAACGCUCGCAGCACCAUGUCGGCACCCACUAGCGGCGGCGGGGCGCUCUCGCCCCAGGCGACGGCGGCCCUCCAGGAGGGCAUCAGGCUAGUCUUCGGGCGGUGGACGGCGUUGCAGAUGGCAGUGGAGAACCAGUGGGGCGGCCGCGACUCCCGCGCCAAGGCAGAUCAGCUCGCCGAAUCCAUCCUCUCCUGGUUCUGCAACUCCAAGGGUCCAUAUUAUUAUGAUGACUUGGAGAAUAUGAUUUAUGUUGCAAUAUCUGACUCCUUCAGUUCUGACUUUGAGGAUGGUAGUAUUGAGGAGGUUGCCGAGCAAAUACUGAUUAUGCAUGAAGGAUGCCUACAAGGCAACUAUUCAUCGAUUGAGAAGCUAAGGAAUACACAUGUUCAAGGAAAUGCUGUUUCACUAAGUAGGCAGAUGGUGACUGAUGAUGACGAUGAUAGCUCAGAUGAUGAUGGUGAGCCGUCAAUGGCAGGCAAUGAAGCAGUUAGGCCAGACGAGAUGGUGGUGGACGAGCCAAAACCCUCCAAGCCUGUCCCUGAUGCUGAUGGGUUUACUCCUGUGGCACCUAGGCGGCGCCGUGGUAAGAAUUAAGCACAGAAGCAAACCUUUCCGUGAGAUCUGUCACUUGCGGCUGUAUCGAUCUGAAGGCAUUAAAUUGUUAUUAGCAAAACCUUGGCCCAAGUCAUGGCACUUGCGGUCGUUUUUUGGUCUGAAGGUGUUAGUGUUAUCCUCUGCUUGCAUUACUUGGAUUGAUUAUGUCGCUUGUUAUCCUUGCCACUCGCUUGGUGUUAGAAAUGGCAACAAACGAUUCAAGUUGUAAACUGUUCUAAAAUUCUUCUCCCAAGUUUCUAAAGUGUUAUUCUCUACUUGCACUUGCA